AAAAAGAGGGAGAAGGAGCAUGGACCGAAGGUCCAUCCGGAACUGCUGGAGCUCUAUACUGUCACAGACCAUGUCCUCGGUGUGGGCACGUUUGCGACCGUCAAGGAGAUUAUCCUCAAAUCGACUGGCAAGUCGUACGCACUCAAGAUCAUUCUCAAAAAAACCCUCCAAGGAAAAGGCACUAUGCUCGACACUGAGAUCUCAAUCCUGUCCAAAGUCCGUCACCCGAACUGCGUAUCAUUGCUGGAGAUGUUCGAGACCGAGGAUGCCGUCUAUCUGAUCACGGACCUCGCCAAGGGCGGAGAGCUUUUUGAUCAACUCCUGAACAAAGGUUUCUACACUGAGGGGGAUGCCGCUCGUUUGGUCCACGAGAUCCUGUUGGGUGUCGAAUACCUCCACAGCAUGGGCAUCGUCCACCGCGACUUGAAGCCGGAGAAUCUGUUGUUUGAGGACAAGUCUGAGAACUCACGGCUGAUGAUCACGGACUUUGGGCUGAGCAAGGUCCUUACGGGCGGAAACGAUGUGCUCAUGACCGCCUGCGGUACCCCUGGAUAUGUCGCGCCCGAAGUCCUGGAGCAGAUUGGACACGGCAAGCCUGUGGAUAUGUGGAGCGUCGGAGUCAUCGCUUACACCCUUCUUUGCGGAUACACGCCAUUCUGGGGCGAAGACCAACCUUCGUUGUUCGAGAGCAUCAUCUCGGGAGAAUACGAGUAUGAGGAAGAGUACUGGAAGGAUAUCUCUCAGCUCGCCAAAUCAUUCAUCGACUCACUUCUUCGUCCUGCCAAUCAAAGACCCACUGCUACCCAAGCUCUGGCCCACCCCUGGUUCCGUGCCAUGUUGGAGCAAGACAUGGUCACACCUGUUUCUCCCGCCGACAGCGUCAACUUGUUGCCUGGGAUGCGCAAGAACUUCAAUGCUCGCCAGGCCUUCAAGAAGGCCGUCCGCGCAGUCGGUCUUAUCAAGAAGAUGCAG